AUGAAUCCAGUUGACAAUGAUGAUAUUAUUGAUAUAACAAUCAUUGGCGGAGGAAUCAGUGGAUUAAUAACAGCAUUAUAUUUAAGUCGUUUAAAUGUUCGACUUCGUUUAUUUGAACAAUCGGAACAUAUUGAUACAGUUGGAUUUGGAUUAAAUCUUCAACCAUAUUGCGUAAAAUGUCUUUAUGAACUUGGAUUAGAAAAUCAAUUAAAUCAAGUUGGAAUUCAAACAAAAAAAGCGUUGUUUUAUUCUCGUCAUGGUCAAUUCAUUUUUGAAGAUCUUCGAGGUUUAGAUGGAGGUUAUUCUCAUCCAAUGUAUUCAGUACAUCGAGGAUAUUUACAUCAAAUACUUUUUUAUCAAUUACAAAAAUUAACUUCUCCAUCGACUAUUCAACUUUCUCAUAAAUUAAUUGAAUUUAAUGAAAAAUCAAAUCUAAUUGAAUUGAAAUUUUUAAAUACAAAAAUCAAUAAAAUCAAAGUGAUUCAAACAAAGAUUUUAAUUGGUGCUGAUGGAAUCAAUUCAAGUGUGAGAAAAAUUUUUUAUCCGAAUGAAGGUUUACCGGUUUGGAAAGGUCUUCAAAUUUGGCGUGGAAUAACUUAUCAAGAAAAUACUUAUCUUGAUGGAAAAACAAUGAUUUGUAUGGGAAAUCCAGAUACGAAAUAUUUCAUUUUAUAUCCUUUAUCAAAUAAUUUAAUUAAUUGGGCGUGUGUUUUGAGAAUUCAAAAUGAAACAAAUUCAUCUUCAUUAUCAUUAAAUUCCAUUGAUUGGACAAACAAAGGUAAUCAUCAAGAUUUUCUUCCAUUAAUUCAAGAAAUGAAAUUGGAUUUCAUUGAUAUUGAACAAUUAAUCAAAUCAUCAAUGAAUAUAAAUCAAUUUCCAAUCACCGAUCGUGAUCAAAUACCUCGUUGGACAUUUAAUUGUGUAACAUUAAUAGGUGAUGCCGCACAUCCUAUGUAUCCAAAUGGAGGUAAUGGAGCUUCACAAGCUAUUUUAGAUGCUCAACAAUUAUAUCGAUCAUUUAUUCUUCAUGGAAUUACUAAUAAAGCACUUGAACAUUAUGAAAGUAUUCGUCAUCCUUUAACUGAUCGAAUGGUUCUUUUAGCACGUCAAUAUGGACCUGAUGAAAUUCUUCGUAUUAUUGAUCAUCGUUCUCCAAAUCCAUUUCAACAUUUAUCUCAAAUUAUUUCUUCAGAAGAAAUUCAAUCGAUUUAUGAAAAUUAUAAAAAAAAAGUUUCAAUUGAAAAAUAA